AUGCUAGCAAAGACCAGAGUUGAAAGUGUGCACUUUUGUGACCAACAAAAACUAGAGACUUUUGUAACCAACAAAGACCAGAGGUGGUUAGAGUUGGAAAAGCCCAAGGCUAAGAGAGGGGUUUGAGGGUAAGGAGGUAUCCCCGCUUUCACAUGGCUAAAAAAAGAAUCCUCUUUCAAAGAGCAUUUACGUGGUUUUUUUUCCAACCAGAAAAGAGGAAGCUGUAUAGGUUGGUUGCUCUGAGCCUCUCUAAUCACGCCCCGAAACCACGUAGUGAAUAUCCUGGGGAGGGAGGCUCACAGUCCCCAGAAACGAGAAAGUAUCUGGUUCUUUCGACUCCAUGGGCAAACCUGUCAGUGUAAUCUGGGAGAUUUUGGAUGUAGUGAAAAUGAAACCCACCAGGCUUAAAAAGGUCCCCAGAAUGGACUGUGGGGACACACAUCGUCUUCUUGGACAGAAGGACAGAUAUCCCACUAAUUUGAGAUUCACAAGAUGCGUCUGUGCGGUGCAGCCCUCUUUCUCCAGACCCUCCUCAACUUCCACGUCUUCUUUGCUGCUGCCCUGGAUGUGCUCCAAGAGGAAAGGAGGUCAGCACCUGAGAACACCUCACAGAACUGGGUGACUCUCCAGGAAGAAUUUGACAGCAGCUUACUUCUCUCACGGGAGCUUCUCUCCAAAACACAGGCCCUCACACGUCGCUACCGCUCUGAGCGGCUAUCUGAAGCCCAACUCCUUCUUGUAUCACAGUCAAGGCUGCUUCCCUCAGCCAGCCUCAACCUCCACACCUGGUUUUCUCUGUCGGAUGCUGCACGCCUGUCCUACAUGGCCAAGACGCUGAAGUUUUACCAAGGGUUGGUGCAGCAGCUGAAGAACCACGAGGAAAGACAGAAGGAUUCCAAAUUCCAAUAUCAGUUUGAAGAGCUUGAUCUGGACCUCCGAGACCUGAGUCUUCAAGUGAGUUAUGAGAUUUCACUUGGGGGUCUGCUAUCUGAAGUCGAGCCAGUGCCCACACUCAAACCCCUGCAGAUUCUUCAGCACCAGAAUCCAUGGACAAACCGCCAGGAAGUGUAUCACGUCCUGCGCUCCCUCGAGAGCGUCCUGCGCCGUGCGGUGAGGGACUUCUUGGUGCUCAGGAUGAGGGCUGCCCAAUAUGCAUCCCUUCAAGGAGAUCUCAAGGGGUCUGGGUCCCAAUCUCUACCCUAGCCCCCUGACCCACUGGGGAAUGCAGGCAUCCUGGCAUCCAGGACCCUUCCCCCUUUUGUUAUUUAUUAAUGUAACCUAUUUUUUAUCUAAAAUAACUAAUUUAUAUAUAUUUAUUUUUUCUAAAGAAAAGUAAUAUUAAUUUAUUUUUUCAAUAAAGAGCAUU